AUGAUCCCCCAGUACGUGUGGAGGCCCUCCGGGGAACCCGGCGUGUCGGGGCGCUGCCAGUUCCCCAAGCAAUGGGCCGGCAGAUGGUUCCAGUCAGGGGUGCCGCACCUCAUCACGCUCAACGCGACGCACAUCGAGACCAAGGGCGAGUGCGUCGAGAGCGACGGGGACAAGUUCCUCACCGAGGACAAGGGGGACAACUGCUACAGAUGCGUGGUAAUCCAUGAGAAGCAUCAGAAUGUUCUCCAGUACAAAGAGACUUUCUGCGACUCGCGCGCGUCGCUGUCUUCGCUGUGCGACACGAUCACGGGCGACGCGACGCUUUAUUCCAUGUUCCGCGCGGAGCCGCACGUGCAGCCGACGGCGUGCCCGUUCCGCGGUCCGCCGUUCACGUUCACGUACAACCGCGGCGCUGGCGAGUGCCGCAGUCCCGUCUCCAGGCUCGACUCUUGUUCGGACGAGGCGCGCCUGCUAAUGCGCUACCAGGCCUGUCCGGACGUCACCGGCACCGAAUCCACAGUGGAGGAGCUGGUCUGCCUGGCAACGUGGAAAGAGGGCAGUACUCGCUACCUGGUGGGCAAGCUGUACCACAAGACUGCCACCACGGACGAGGAUCGCUAUCGUUGCUUCGUGUAUGACCGCAGCCAGCGUGAUGGCCAUGUCACAUACAAUGUGGCACAGUCUGGAGACGCCACAUGUUCGGGGCUGCUGUCUGCCACCGAGGGAUCGCGCACCAUGAGUCUCACAAAGGUGGAGAACCGUCAUACACAGUGUAGAUUUCCAAGCUGGGUGACAGACCACCAUAACUGGUACACAUUGGACAUGAAGCAGUCUUAUCACUUCUCACAUAAAAAUGCAACCUUGCGAAUAACUGAUGAUUCUGCUCAUGAGGUUCGCAUUGUGUGCCAUAGUGUAGAGAAGUCACCGCCCGGUGUUGAUGCAGGCCAGCAAGCCACACUCGUGGCCCAUAUCACCAGUGGAUGUAACAGUGGUUAUGUCUGCAUGGUAUUCUACAGGCGUGAUGGCCAUGUGAUUGAGCUGCAACAAACCACGCAUCUUGUGCAAGCUCCAGAAGAAGCAUGCAACCCAGCAUAUUUGAAGUCUGCACUUCCUCACACCACACUGAUCACUGUUUCCCUGCGUCCACGUAAGUGCCCUUUCGAUGGUCGUUACAAUAUCAUCGGUGGUGGCACCAGCACCAAAAGUGACAGCGACACGGCACAGCACGGACUGCUGCGGAGCAGGCGACAGGAGGGCAGUGCCGGAGCUGUUGGUGGGAACAGUGCAGAUCCAGGGACAGGAAUGGGUACGGGAGCCUCUGAUUGCACUGACCACAACCUGGCAUCACUCGACAUCGGCUGUUCGUCUGGCGACACUAUGCGCUUUUACCCAGCUUGUGGAGAACAUCCAGAGCACAGUUUAGAGUAUCUGUGCCAUGGAAGCUGGGAGGACAAUGGAACAAACUACCUGAUUGUGUCUCCAAAAAGUCGCAAAUCUGGAGGAGCACACCACUACUGUUUCAUCUACACAAAAGCUGGUGGGGCAGGGACACCACCAGACUUCACUUCAAGUGGAACCACUGGUUCUGAUUUUACUGGGAAAAGAAGGCGUGGUGGUGGAGUAAGCAGCAGCACAUCUGCAAGUGAGAUGAGGUUGAUGCUGUCCUCUGUCACAGACUAUUGCCGAAGAAAUGUAGUACCUGGUGUCACUGGAGAGAGUUUCUACAAUCUCACAAUGACAGGUCACUGCACAAGUGCACCAACAGGAGGUGCACAGACCACCUCAGCUGUACUGUUCUCCGUCCUGAUUCUCGCCGGUCUUGUGUUGCUUGUUUCGAACCUGAGAUGAUGACGGCAAACGCGCCAUCUGAACCUGCACAGUGACACUGCUGCCACCGACUGUGCUACCACACCUGAAGACAGCCGAGUCUUGUUGCCCACCCGCAGCUCUGUGGACGGGUGGUUCCACAGUGAAAUGUAUUUCUGAGUAUGAGAAUGGUUCCCGGCACUAAAGUAUAGCCUAAUUUGUUCGUUGAAAUAAUCAUUGGCUACUUUUUCUACUUGUGACAUUGCUUGCCUGGUACGGAGUGAGCACAUCAGAGUGGCAGAAAAAUUUUAGUUGUAUAAAUUAUCAAGUACAUUGGUGUACGUAUCACAGAUGGAUAUCCUGGCAGCUGAGAAAACUGUGCUUAAAAAGAAUUAUAAUUUUUUGUCAAGUGAAAAAUGUAAAUAAUGAUAUAAUGUUAUAUGGUUUAAUGAAUGAUUUUAUCUGAAUGCCAUUUCUAGGUAAUGGACAUUUAAUUUAGAUAAUUAUGUAUAUCAUGUGUACAUAUAUAUAUAAUACAACACUAAUGGAAUACAAGAACUUAAUUGUUACAUGGUUCAGAUUUCAUGUGGUUCUGUCACUGAGACAGUAUUUAGAUGGUGUCACUAAAUUGAUGCACUGUCUGUUAAUGAGGACCUAAUGGUUUUGUUCACCAAGAAACUUCUUAUUGUGCUGUAUGGCUUACAGCACUGCUAUUGUCUGCAAAGUAUGGGAAUUAUUCAUGAAAGGAAGCAGAUGCUAGUUGAGUCCACAUCCUCGAGAUAAUGGGUGCUUUGGAAAAUAGAAGAAUUGUUUUUUCCUUGGGAAUGCAAAUUAAAUGCAAUAGAUGGGUGAUUGUGGAAAUGAGAAACUUGGAAAUGACUAUUCCUCAUAAAUGUAUUACCUUCAUGUGAUGUGGACUGUAGGUUGAAAGUUUACGUUUAAAAUACCACUUGUGAUAAAGUAAAUUACAGGACCAGUAAUAUUCUUGAAACAUGAUGAAAAGUUGAAGAUAUAUCUUGAAGUUAAUUGUUUUAUAUAUUUCAAAAUGGGUAAUAAUAUUGGCAGUUAUGCAAAACUGCCAUAAAAAGAAUUAGAGAUGUGUCAAAGUGUGAAUGAUAAGCAGCAGGAUCAUUUCUCUGUGUACGGAUGGUUGGAAAUUAACUAAUUAUCAUAUUUUGUAACCUUUCCUCGGAAAAAAAAUCGUCUGCGAAGAAACAGUAGUGUAUUGACUUUACCCAUUUUUGUUGUUAAAAAGCCAUUUCAGUAUAUUAAUGUAAUAAGGAAUAAAUAAAACACUUUUCUGAAGCUACUACACUAAUGGUAUCCCAAAGCAAUGGGAUAGGAAACAUUUUUAUAUUGGUUCACAUACAUGCCUGGUUUUGAGCUAAUUUCAUGCCAAGUUUAUCACUGCAUAAAAGGCUAUGUCCUACAAAUGAAUAUAUUUCUGGAUGUUUUAAUACAUAAUUAUGUAGGCAUAUUGUAUAGUUUAGAAAAUAAAUCAUCAAUUUUUUCACUGACGACAAUUAAACACUGACUUACAACAAUGCUAUUCAAUAGUCUGUUCUUGUUUUACUGCCUUCUCUUCACAAUGGCAGGUUCUGGGACCAAGCAAUCCAAAAAAUUCUCCUCUUUUUCUGUGCCUAAUAGUUGACAUUGGUGUUGCUCAAACUGAUGUGUUUGAGCUACAAAAAGAAAAUUACACAUAUAAUAUUGAGUACUGUUUCACAAGUCUGAAAUUAUCUGCUUUAAUGACCCGAAGUGUCAAUGCUUUCCUGCAUAAUACUGUGAAACUUAUAUUUUUUUUAUUUAGGCAACAUAUUUUAUUCAAUUUUAAGGUAACGACAUGAUCUGCACUGCACCACAGCUUUAUGCCAUUUAUUUUUUUCUGAUAAGUAUGGUUAAUUUCAAAACAAAAUAAAAAUGAUUAACCAUAUAAUCACAUCUGUAAGCAUUCAUUGACAACCAAAAUAUUUAAUUACAUUCUCAUUCCUCUCCUCUGGGCUUUAUCAGUCUCAACAGCAACAGGAUGUCUCACAGCAAGGCAACCAGAAUCGUCGCUUACAUCUUUAUUGUGUUUGCAGUAUAUGAAUUGGCAUGCAUUAUUCAGCAGCAUACGUAGAAGAGUAGGGAAAUAAUUCAGUAAUUUUUAACAAGCAAUCCACUGUUUAUAACAGUGCCAUUUGUUUUAUAGGGCAAAUUGCAUACACUGUACCCAAUGUGCAGAUUACUGAAACUAAUAAAAACAAUUGGACAUUUAACCACAUUUGUAUAUUUCCAUGAUGUGCAUAGAUAAAACUGUGUCUUUUGCAAACUGAGAUCUCACAAUGGUACAUAAUGAAUUAAAAUAUGAAAUCGAUUAGAAUUUAAAAACAAAAUUGUUCUUGCAAGUGCCUGGUAUAGAAAAGAGUCAUGGUGGAGCAGUGUGAUGUAAGCAUGCCCUUGGACUGUAUUUGACAAAUUUUUGGACAGAGAGAUUGAACUUUGCUUGAAAUUAGUUCUUCUAUUAAAAAUAAAAUGCUAAUCCACAGAACAUUAAGAAUUUACAUUGUAGGAAAUUAUGGUUCAUCAUUUUUUUCAAACAAUUCAGUGUUAUUAUACACCAUUUCCACAUAGUGGCUUCAGUUUAGAGUGUUUUUACAACUAUUACUCUGUGCUAUCUUUUUGUCAGUCUCUCAAACAUAAUUUGAGACCUAUAAGAAGUGUUUUGUGUCCCAAGUAAAAAAAUAAAAAAGGGUUAUGAAAGAGCAAGGGUAACAUUUGAUGUGAACUAAUUCUAAAUGUAAUUCAAUAUUUUUGUAUUGAUACUAAUGUGGUGUGACCAAGUACAGACUUUAAUAUUACACCUAUAUGGUAUGUGAUUCUUCUCUUAUAAAAUAGUUGUUUAAUGUAUCUUAAUUGAUGUUGCCAAAUUCUCUGCCUGGACAUCUUACUAACCCCAUCUUUAAGUCAUUUUAUGUUUAAAGUAAAGUGUUAAGAUGUUCAUCAUGUAGUACUCUUUGCUUAAAUGGUCAUAUUUAUACUAGUCUGGCUAAUAUACUUGAUAAUAGCAGACAGCCAAGCAGAAUCCAUUUCAGUGGUAUAUAAACUGGACAUUUAAGAUGCCUCUUCAUAAAAUGGGAUUUUGUUUUGUUGUUCUUGUAAAGUAAUUCAUCUGUGUCGUGUAAACAUUAGCAUAACAGUGAUUGUCUGAAUUUGAAAACAUACUUAAUAGGAGCCUUUUAAAAUUAAUAAUUACUCCAUGUAUUUGUUAAUCCAUGUAAGUAAUGUAAAUUGCUGUGUAACUAUUUGUACUAUUUUUACACUAAAUUCGUGCUUAUUCACUGUCAACAGGAGCUGUUUAUCUGACUUUGUAUGCUAGCCUAAUUGUAUGUUUUAUAAUAUAGAAGAACCCUGCACUGUUGUAUCAUAUAUAUUUUUUAAGCUGACAGCCAUGGUACAUGUUUCGUGAGAAGAGGCUUCUUAAAGUGAUUGCUCAAAAACAACGGGAAGGUGGAGGCGUCCAUCCCUUGAGAUUCUUUUGCCCAGAAUCAGUGCCCUUUUGUGGCCGUGGGCUUUAGUUCUUUGGGUGUGUCGCAUUUUCUUAAGAAUGGCGAGAAUAUGACAUUUUGGGAGCUGUUAAAUUUAAUUUAUAUGAACUUUUAAAUGUAAUUUUAAGACAGCUUAUUGGUGACUACUGGGAACUUAAUUUCCACUGCAAUGGAAAUUGGGGCCUAAUUCACUUAUUAUAGUGGAGAGGUAAUUAACAAAAUCACGGUGCUCAUAGAUUCAGAUGCGAAAUACUGUACCUACUACUGUGGAAGCUUGCAUAUGCACUGUACUGUAAUUUAUGAAUGUAAGCAGAAAGAGAGCAUAAGAAAUCAGUAUUUGUAUGUGUGGUGUAUAUAAUUUUACAUAAAAGAUCUCAAGAUGUUUGUUUGCUUUCUAUAAACAAGUGUGAAUAAAUGGAUCUGUGCUUCAACGUAACAUAUAUGAACCAGUAAUCUGUUUCUUUGAUGAUGUGUAUCAUUCUGCUUCAGAGUUUCCUUUAUGAAGAAUACAUUUUAUUGUGUGUUAUAUCUAGUAUAAAAAAUGGAACUACGGUAAAAUGUAAUGAGAACCUUCGCUUAAAAAAUUUCUUCAGUUCAGAACUCUCAUUACAUAUAUUGUUUCUUGAUUGGGGCACCACAUGUUGUGCUUAAGAUUCCACACUUCUAUAAUCUGAAGUAUAAAGUUUUGUUUCCGAAAGUUCCUAAUUGUUACUGAAUCAUUUGAAGGUAAUGUUAUCAAUGCUAGUAUUUCAAUCAAUAAAUUGCUUUUAAAAAUGUUUAAAGGUAUCAUGAAUAUUUUAAGCAAAGGUUUUCCUACAUUUCAUAUUAUAUUUUUUUAUAUGAUAAAUAUACGACUCAACACAAUGAAGAUAUUUGACUGUAUUUUCUUAUUACAAUAAGUUUUGAGUUUGUGGUUAGUGACUUCAGGAGUGCUGGUUUUGCAGUCUUUCAGCUUGCUUCAAUGUGUUGUGGUGCCAUGAUGUUUCUAAGCUUACAAGUUUUUGCUAAUGCCUUCUAAAAUACGAUUGCACCAUUGUUAUGUUUAUUACUUAUGUAUGUUGCAAGGUUGUUUCUUUGUGAAGAUCAAUGUGGUAUUUUCACCCUAUCCUGGAAACUUAAGUAUCAGAAUUAACAAUGGUUCCUACUGUGACAUUCCACCCAUACACAAUAUUCUGAGCACUUUAGAACCACCAGAACCAACCAGGAAGUUGUAAAUUAUAUUACAAGAGGACACAGACUUUGGUGCAAUCUUUAGUGGCUGAUAUCUUGUGUAACAUGCAUAUGCAUAAUGUUCUCUUUAAUUUAAAAUUAUGGGUGAGCAGAUGUGUUAAAUGUUUCAAUACAAUGGAUAUGAGUUUCUAUUAAAUAUGUUUUUCUUGAAA